AUGGAAGACGAUUCAAGUUCGAACGAAGACAAUGAAUUAGGAGAAACUACCGGAUUUUGCCGUUAUAGUAGUUUCGUCGGUUCAAUACGUUAUAAUAAAGAGCUCGAGCACGAGCCGUUAAAUUUGUUGAUUGGCACAACAGGUAUGGGAAAAAGAACACUUCUAAAUGCUCUCUGUGACACAGAUCAAUACAUAUCCAAAGGAGCUGACCCUGGCACCGAAGAACCACUUAUUGGUUAUGUUGGUAAUUGGCCGAUUGUUGACACCCGUGGAUUGAAUGACAAACACCAAAAGUGGCAAAAUGAAGCUGUCGAAGAGCUUCAGACAUUCUUAUUUCACGGGUGUCAUCGUUUGUCAACCAUAAUUUUAUAUCUUUCGGAUCCCGUAGAACAUUCACGCUUGACUGGUGACAUAUCUGACUGUUUACAAUCAUUCAGGCGACUGAUUGAUAACGCUGAUCUGGAUAAUGUUAGUAUUCUGUAUCGAGCCCAUAUGAAUAUACCUCAACCAGCUUACAGUACUACGUUGUUUAAAUGGGCUGAUGAGGUCCGAAAAUUAGAUUGUGUAGUAAGAGAGAAAAUUCCAGUAUACGCUAAAUAUGAGUUCAGGGCUGGGGAAAAAGUAAAUGUGCUUAUUGCGAAUUUAGCUGAUAUUAAAAAACGACUAAUUCGACAUAGAUACACAAAAUAUUUUGGAUGGAGACAAGCUGGUUGCAAGAAAUGUGGUGAAGAUCUAUAUAGAGAUUUUGAUCAUGGUCCAUGUGAUUCCAUGUCAACGCCAAAAAACAUGUCAGUCAAGUAUGUUACAAACCCAAAUCCAAGUCUGGACUUGGGUUUGGGUAUUGGGUGCCCAAGUCUGAGACUUGGGUUUGGGUAUUGGGUACCCAAGUCUGAGACUUGGGUUUGGGUAUUGGGUACCCAAGUCUGAGACUUGGGUUUGGAUAUUGAGUCAGACUUGGGUUAUUAAAAGACUCCU